AUGUUGUCAUUGUUGAUAUCAGGGCUUAAACAACCAGGAAAUGACAUUGAUGUAUAUCUAGCACCGCUUGUUGAGGAUUUAAAGAUGUUGUGGAAUGAAGGUGUGUCGUUGCAUGAUGCUUAUAGUCGAAGCAGCUUUACCUUACGUGCAAUGAUCUUUUGCACAAUUAAUGAUUUCCCAGCAUAUGGUAACCUAUCGGGUUAUACUACUAAAGGAGCUAAGGAUAUUUCUCCCUAUCGGAAGAAGAAAAAGGCUUUCAAUGAAAAAUCUAAGACUCGAGUAGCUCGUUUGCCUUUAUCUGGACAUGCGAUUUAUGAACGUGUUAAGAAUGUUGAUGUUGAUUUUGGUAAGACUUGUAAGACUACUCAAAAGAGUCUUUGGAAGAAGAGGUCUAUAUUUUGGAAUCUACCAUAUUGGGAGCAUUUAUCCGUUAGACACUGUCUUGAUGUUAUGCAUGUUGAGAAAAAUGUUUGUGACAGUAUUAUUGGGACACUAUUGAACAUUCAAGGAAAGACGAAAUAUGGUGUUAAGGCUAGAAAGGAUAUGGUUCCUUCUGGUUAUUCAUCGAAUAUUAAGAAACUUGUGUCGGUUAUGGACCUUAAAGUGAUUGGCAUGAAGUCUCAUGACUGUCAUGUAUUAAUGCAGCACAUGUUACCUAUUGCAAUUCGAGACAUCUUACCGAAACAUGUUAGAGUGGCUAUAACAAAACUGUGUUUCUUUUUCAAUGCUAUUUCCAGUAAAGUUAUUGAUCUAGAUGUGUUAGAUGAUUUGCAUGCUAAUGUGGUUAUUACUUUAUAUAUGGGAAUAUUGAAAGGAUAUGUGAGAAAUCGGUAUCGACCUGAAGGGAGUAUAAUUGAAGGUUAUGGUGCUGAAGAGGUCCAUCCAUACUUGGACCAACACAUGUCCCUAAUAAGACAACAAAAUCCUUUAAAGGGUGAAAGAUGGGUGGUCAUUGAACACACUCGCACAUUCAUAAGAUGGUUCAAAGAUACAGUGAUGAAAGAGUUAGCUCAAGUGCCAAAUACUAUUAGUGAAACCAUCAAAUGGUUAGCAUAUGGACCCGGUAUACUAGUGAGCUAUUAUGAAGGUUAUGACAUAAAUGGAUAUACAUUUUACACCAAACGACAAGAUGAAAAGAGUGUGGUGCAAAUUAGUGGGGUUACACUAAUAGCAUUAUCAAAAGAUUAUUCAAGUGCUAAAGAUACUAAACCGAUUGAUGUUGCUAUUUGGGUUGAUAAUAGAAGAGGUGUUCGGUUAGAUGAAUUGGGUUUUACUUUGGUUGAUUUUGAACGGUUGGGUUAUCAUGAUGAACCAUGCAUACUUGCAUCUCAAGCAAAACAAGUGUUUUAUGUUUCUAAUCCUAUUGAUAAGAAGUGGUCAAUUGUUUUACAAGGCAAAAGAUCUAUUGUUGGUGUUGGUGAUGUUGUGGAUGAAGAAGACUAUGAUCAUUUUGAUGAAACUCCUCCAUUUUCUAUUGGUGUUCAGUCUUUAGAAGAAGAUAACUUUGAAAUAAGUUACAUGCGUAGCGAUCAUGAAGAAGGAUUGUGGGCUGACAAUCGGACAUCAUAA